CGGUUGAGCAUGUGCGAGUGAGCGGCCAUCGACAACUCCAUAAAGACCCGCAUGCGCCCCAUCUCCGCACAGAUAUCCCGUGGGGAAGUUGAUGUUCCUGUGGAUUCUGUUCAAUGUCAAAAAAAUCGGCCACUGAACGACUUGUCGCCCCGCCAGGCUUCGCAAACCUUGCGAUCCUGUGAACCUGCCUUGGCUAGGGCCAAAGAGACCACAAAAUUCGACCGUCGCCAUGCCCCAAGUCGAGAGUCGGAGCCUCGAGCUCAGGGCCGUUGCCUUGGGCGCCUGGGCUCUGGCCCUCGUGGCCUCAAUACUACGCGUGUAUGCUCGCGCAUUCAUCAUGAAGGCGUUUGCCGCCGACGACUGGCUCAUGAUGGUUUCAAUGUUUGCGUUCACGGUUAAUACUAUCACCUGUGUGCUGGGCACCUUUUAUGGUAGUGGCAUGCACUUGGUAGACCUUUCUACUGAAAAUAUCGAAACCGCACUGAUGUGGUGGUUUGCCUGCUAUCCCUCUAUUGCGGUAACCCUAGCUUUCUCAAAGAUCUCCGUCGCCUGCUAUCUUCUUCGCAUUGCAACUCAGAGGAUACACCGUUGGAUCAUCUAUUUAGCGCUUGGUGCUACCAUUUUGACUAGCGUCGUGUUCUUCUUUGUAACCCUCCUACAGUGCAACCCUAUUCCUUAUGCCUGGCAGAGAAUCACCGGGACUGGAACCUGUAUUGGAGUCGAUACUGUUAUCAAUAUCAUGUACGCGUACAGCUCGCUCACUCUCUUUGCGGAUCUCGCAUUUACGCUUCUACCUGCGUGGCUCGUCUUCCACCUGCAGAUGAGCCUGAAGACGAAGCUAGCUCUAACUCUUGUCCUCGGCAUGGCCUCCAUUGCCAGCGUCGCGGUCAUCCUGCGCUUCCCCCAUCUUGCAGACUUCAGGAACCCCGACUACCUCUUCGCGCCCACCACCGUCUCCAUAUGGACCCAGCUUGAAGCCAGCCUCUCCAUCGCCGCAGGCAGCUUCGCCACCCUCCGCCCGCUGUUCCGCAUCCUGCUCGUCAAGCUCGGCCUGACGACUGACACGGUCCCGACGUACGGCCGCCACGGACCCGGCGGCGACCACAACUACCACGCCAGCAGCGGCGGCGGCGUCGGCGGCGGCAGCGCCUUCACCAAGAGCCGCGCGACCGCGCGCAACAUGUUCAGCAUGAACACGUUCAACCGGAUGGACGACGACGCGACGACCGACGCGGAUGACGACUCGACGGGCCGCAGGGAGGGCAGCCUGGGCAGCACGGCGGACCUGCACAACAAGACGGGCAGCGGCGUCGAGGUCUCCGUAGCGCGGAGGGACGACCGCGUCGGCGACUACACGGUGCAGAUUGAGUCACAGAGGCCCGCGAAGGGCAAGUUCAGGAGCUCUUCUGGUGGUGGUGAUGUGGCUGCGGGAGCCGGCCAUCAUCAGCGGGACGCGAGUGACCACAAGGUCUUGGAGAUUCACUACACGAAGGAGUUUGGGUCGGGUCCUGGGUGAAGUGUUUUGUGUUGCGAGGGUGGCAAUCAGUCCUUUUCUUUUGAUCGCGAGCGUUUCGAAUUAGAUAGCCAGAUUGGGACCCUGUUGCUCUCUGCGCAUGGAGGCGAUGGCGGCCGUGGGGAUUCUGAUACACGGCGGUACAUGUGGGGAGCCCACGGAAGCCUUGUACAUAUAAUGAUCUCAUUCGCUCACACCUCGGUACUGUUGCCGUUAAGUUAUGUCGGAUCUUGGUG